AUGCGCCUCCCCUACAUCCCCGACGACCCCGUCAUGCCCAACGCCGAAGACCAAGCCAUCGUAACAGCAGUCAAAGAGCGCCGCGGCGGCAAACUCAUCGAACUCGACAAAGCCCUGCUGCACGCCCCUCCCAUCUCCGGCGGCUGGAACGCCUUCCUCAAAUCCGUCCGCACCCAAAACUCCCUCCCCGCCUCUAUCCGCGAAAUCGCCAUCGCCCGCGUCGCAGCGCUCAAUUCCGCGUGGUACGAGUGGGAAGCCCAUGCGCCGUUGCUGCAACAGACUGGUGAAGUCAAGCCUGAAGCUGUGGAGAAAUUGAAGGAUCGUAAGAACAGCGCUUCAGACUUAGGACUAGAUGAGCGACAUGCGGCGGUGGUAGAGGUCACAGAUGCAAUGACGCUCAAUGUCAUCGUGCCGGAUGCGAAGAUGGAGAAAUUGAAGAAGCUGUUCAGUGAGCGAGAGGUUGUGGAGGUGGUGGCGACAGUGUCGGCGUAUAACUGCGUGAUGGCGUUGGACGUUGGGGAGAUGUCGGAGAAGUAUGGGGUUGAUAUGAGCUAG